CACCCCCUGGUGCUGUGCCUCUCCCCCCCAGGUGAGAAGGGCUGCAAAGGUGGGUUCCAGGCGAUUCCCACCACCUGCAGAGUCCCCCCGAAAGCCCCGGAGGACUUGGGGUGCCCACUGGCUGCACCCCUGGGCAGCCUCCGGGACUACGGGAUCCCCGAGCUCCCCGAGCCCCUGGGCAAGAGCAAGAGCAAGAAGAGGAGGAACAGGACGACCUUCAGCACGUUCCAGCUGGAGGAGCUGGAGAAGGUUUUCCAGAAGACGCAUUAUCCCGACGUCUACGCCCGGGAGCAGCUGGCACUGCGCACGGACCUGACCGAGGCCAGGGUGCAGGUUUGGUUCCAGAACCGCCGGGCCAAGUGGCGGAAACGGGAACGGUACGGGAAAAUCCAGGAGGUGAGAGAUGGCUCGGGGGCUGCUCCAGCCCUGUGUGCUCCCAUUCCCAGGGGAGGGGUCCCACCUCAGCUGCAGAACAACCUGUGGCCGAGCCCUGGGAGCCCCCCGGGGCUGCUGCCCCCCGAGACCAUCCCGUCCCCCUGCAUGUCCCCGUACCCCCCCGCUCCCAGCAAUGGCUUCGUGGGCAUUCCCGCUUCCCCGGGCCCCCACCCCGGCAUCAACAGCCUCUACCCCCUGCACGGGCUGCCCCCGCCGGGCCUGGCCCCCCACCCCUUCGAGCCGCCCGCCCAGCACGACUACAAGGCGCCCGCCCUGAUGCCGCUGAGGAUGAGGAGCAAAGAGGGCGCCGGGAGCCUCCUGAACUGGGCCACCUGAUCCCCCCGCGGGACGGACACGGAGCCCCCCGGAGGGCAUCCCCCAGCCCAGGGAGGGGGGCAGCGUGGUGGGGCCACCUUCACCCCUCUCUGCACACCCCGAGCUUCCCGCAUCCAGCACGAUGUCGCUGCCCCCACCCCCGCUGAGAGGGGCCCAAGGGGGGCUGUGGGGAGGAAAAAGAGGAGCCCCCAAACCCAGGCUGCUCCAGCAGGGCUGGCACUGCAGCUCGGCACCCUGGAAAUGGCUCCCCAAAUUUCCUGAGCCCUCCCAGCACCUUCGGGGGUUUGAUGGAGAUUCCACCCCCACCGUGUGUGCCCCCUGCCCCAGCUGGGCACUGCCAGCUGUGGGUGGGACUGAGGAGGGACUGUGGAGCACCAGGGCAGCAGAGUUCUGGGGGCAACUCUCCCCUCCCCAGCUGAAAUUUGGCCGCUCACCCCCUGCCCAGCACAACCAGCAAUGGCAGAAAUUGGGCUUUUCCUCUCCCAGUCCCAUACUGGGAAGACUGGGCUGGGACAGUUGCUGGUACUGGGGGUUACUGGGGGCAGGGCCAAGGCACCCCAAAGCCCCCCCAGAGCAUCACAGCUCAUUCUGCUCCCUCUUGGAAGGGAAAUAAGGCCCUGGCACAAUAAAACAUCCCAAAUUAAGGCUGUUUCCCUGGCAGGGGUCACCCUGUCUCAGGAAGGAGUUUUAAUCCCAGCAGGUGAGAACCCUCCCAGGACUGCAGCUGGGGUGUUGGGGCACAAAUGGGUAAUUUGGGGAGUGGGAGGGGGUUUGUUCUGCAUUUUGCAGGGUUCUGAAUAUUAGUGAUGGUACCUGCAAGGCCAGUAAUGAGGGGGCACCUCAUCUGCUCUGGGGGUCACCAGGGGGGCUCCCCAAGUUCCCCCAAGUGCCAGUGUGUCCUGUCCCCCCCUUCACCCACUGUGGCCUCCCCCACUGCAGGAAAACACCAAAACAUGAAGCCAGGAAUGAUCCUGUUCACCCAGCACCAGGAGAUGCUGGCACCCUCCCAGGGACACUCUAGGGCCAAACCCCCUCCCUGCAAAAUCUACAUCCUGAUGGGGGGAUACCCCUGUGGGGCACCUGGAUCCCCUCGGGGAGGCACCAAACCUGCUGUUCCAGCCCAGCCUGGAAAAGCCCAAGGUUUUCAGCCAAGCCCUGGCAGCCUGGGCACAGCCUGGCCACAGUGGGUGCCACAGGAGGCAGCCCAGGGCUGCCCACCCUCACCCAGGACAUCUCACACCCCCUCCCACUGGUGGGGAUUUUGUUAUUCAUUUCUAAACAAUAAACCACAUUUUUCAUAAGUUAAUUAUGGCUCCAGCAGCCCUAUAAAGCCAGGGGGGCUGGGGAUGGAGACUCCCAACAGGCUCCUCAGGCCUGUUCUGGUGCUGGGAAUGGGGUUUGGGAGGCAGGAUGGUGCUGGAGGACUCAGGUUGGUGCCAGGGGUGGGUACAUCCCUGGCAGGACCCUGGGGGCACAUCCAGCAGAGCUCUGUGGUUGAGGAUGAGGAGGGCAGUAAGAAAAUCCAAAGUGCCUCAGAAAUCCCCAUUUAAAACAUCUGUCUUAGGGAGGAUAAAAUCCAUUUGUCUCCACUGAGAGUUGGACUUUGCCAGGACUUGAUGAUCCCUUGAAAUGUGGGAUGAAGGAUGAGGUUUGGGAUGCUCAACACCCCAGCCACAAUCAGAGUGCUGCAGUCCUUGGGGCUGGAAAAGCCCUCUGGGAUCAGCCCAGCCCAGCAGCACCACAGUGUUUCCUUGUAAACCACAUUCAGGGGUUACUGGGGUGCAAAGUGGUGCUGAUGGAGCUGAGGGAGCUUUGCAGUGUCCUGAGCAGGUCCAAGGCUGAGGAGCAGGGUGAGCAGGGAUUCCUGGAAGUUUUACUCAUCAUUAAAGCAAGCCAGGGCAGCAUUUCCUUCUCUGUGCCUCUCCUGAAGACACAUCCACACCUGGCUCUGUGCUGCCCACAGGAUCAGGUGCAGCACUGGGCAUCCAGAUGGAUCCAGGGCUCCAGCUCAGUGUCACCCCAGGCUGAGGGGGAAGAGGCCAGGAUGGGGACAGCUCCAGGCAUGGAUUAAGGGCAUGUCACCAUCCAUGCUGUGCCCACAGAACUCUGAUGGCUCACAAGGCUGAGUUUGCAGCUUCCAGGGCUGGGGCUGAGCAUCCCCACAGCUGGAUUCACUCCUGGAGCUCCACAGGCUCAGAAUCUCAGAAUGGGGUGGAAUUGGUCCUGUACCAGUCUCCCUCUGCCCCCAACCAUCCCUGCAAAUCCCUGCCUCAAAUCAGGGUGAAAUCCCCAGGAUUUCAUCCCCCAGGGUUGCUGCUGCCCCUCUGCCAGGGAAACUGAGGCCAGGCAAUGUGCAAAGCUGAGCUCUGGCAGGAUUUGGUGUCAGGAUCCUCUGCUGGAAGCAAGGACCAAAGAAAAUCCCAGUGGUAACAGCACAGUGGUGUCAGAAAUCCCAGGACAGAGCUGGGGGAGGGUUCAGUGAAUGGGACAGGCAAAUGCCUGGGAGAAUCUGCUCCCCCCGAGGCCACCAGCCCCCCCCAACCAACAGACCUGGGUGCAAGGUAAGAUUAAACCUGC